AUGAACGGCCGGGCCCGCAAAGAGGCGGUGCAAGCCGCGGCCCGGGAGCUCCUCAGGUUUGUGAACCGGAGUCCCUCUCCUUUCCACGCUGUAGCCGAGUGCCGAAGCCGCCUCCUCCAGGCUGGCUUCCAUGAACUCAAGGAGACAGAGAGCUGGGAUAUCAGACCCCAGAGCAAGUACUUCCUGACCAGGAACUCCUCUACCCUGAUCGCUUUCGCUGUGGGGGGCCAGUAUGUUCCUGGCAAUGGCUUCAGCCUCAUUGGGGCGCACACCGACAGCCCAUGCCUCCGGGUGAAACGCCGGUCUCGCCGCAGUCAGUUGGGCUACCAGCAGGUCGGUGUAGAGACCUAUGGUGGUGGGAUCUGGAGCACCUGGUUUGACCGUGACCUGACCCUGGCUGGACGGGUCAUUAUCAAGAGCCCCACUUCAGGUCGACUGGAGCAGCGGCUGGUGCAUGUGGAGAGGCCCAUUCUGCGCAUCCCACACCUAGCCAUCCAUCUGCAGCGAAAUAUCAAUGAGAACUUUGGGCCCAACACAGAGAUGCACCUAAUCCCCAUUCUUGCCACAGCAGUACAGGAGGAGCUGGAGAAGGGGAGUCCUGAGCCAGGGCCUUUCAAUGCUGCUGAUGAACGGCACCACUCCGUCCUCAUGUCCCUGCUCUGCUCCCAUUUGGGCCUGAGCCCUGAAGACAUCUUGGAGAUGGAGCUCUGCCUGGCAGACACCCAACCUGCGGUCCUGGGUGGAGCCUAUGAUGAGUUCAUCUUUGCCCCUCGGCUGGACAAUCUGCACAGCUGCUUCUGUGCCCUGCAGGCCUUAAUUGAUUCCUGUGUGUCCCCUGCCUCCUUGGCCGCUGAACCCCACGUGCGCAUGAUCACACUCUACGACAAUGAAGAGGUGGGGUCCGAGAGUGCCCAGGGAGCCCAGUCCCUGCUGACGGAGCUGGUGCUGCGACGGAUCUCCGCCUCGUCACAGCACCUGACCGCCUUUGAGGAAGCCAUCCCCAAGUCCUAUAUGAUCAGCGCAGACAUGGCCCACGCCAUACACCCCAACUACCCAGACAAGCAUGAGGAGAACCACCGGCCUUUAUUCCACAAGGGCCCUGUGAUCAAGGUGAACAGCAAGCAGCGCUAUGCCUCCAAUGCAGUCUCAGAGGCUCUGAUCCGAGAGGUGGCCAACAGUGUUGGGGUGCCCUUGCAGGAUCUCAUGGUGCGGAAUGACUCCCCCUGUGGUACCACCAUUGGCCCUAUCUUGGCUUCUCGGCUGGGGCUGCGGGUGCUGGACUUAGGCAGUCCCCAGCUGGCCAUGCACUCCAUCCGGGAGACAGCCUGCACCACAGGUGUACUCCAGACCCUCACCCUUUUCAAGGGCUUCUUUGAGCUGUUCCCUUCUCUGAGCCGUAACCUCUUAGUGGAUUGAGGCCUCUUGGCAAGACUUCUCCUCCACCCCUUUGUACUGGAGAGGAAUGUUCUGAGCUGAGCUGAAGCUAGAUUAUUAAAGUGGAUUUUUCAUUCA